AUGCUGGUCUCUGGGUACAAGGAAAACACGAUGCCACUAUCUGUACCCAAUAAUGGGGAGCAAAAACAAGAAGAACAUGAAGAUGAUAUGAAUAAGCAGCCACAGCAGCAGCAGCAGCAGCAGAGGUUGAGGCACUCAUUUGAGGCCUUCUUUUCAAGCAAGAGGAAAGUUCCAAACGCUUCUGACCCGCUCCAUAAUCGUUGA